AUGUCCCCGACCCGUCCUGUCCCGUCCAGUCCGCCCAUCCCGGUGGCGCCCAUGCUGGCCCUGCCGCUGCCCUGCGGAUCCCGCGUGCGCCUGGCACAGGGGCUCUGGCUGUUGUCUUGGCUGCUGGUGCUGGCCGACAGGCUAGAACUGCUGGGUGCCGCGUACCUCCUGGCACAAGCUCUGGGAACCUUCCUGGCCCAGAGCUGCCAUUUCCCAGCAAUGCCUCAGGCUGUGCUGCUGGCCGCCACCACAGCGCUGGGAACUGAGCUGGAGGCCACAAGUGCCAGCUGUGCCAGCCUGGACGGUAUGUAAUACCGAGCUUGGUGAGCCACAGUGCCAGUGGCUGCUGGCAGGUGUGCUGGGCAGGGGGGCCUGCUGGUGGCCGCCUUGGGGCUGGCCUUGGCACUGUCUGCGGGCCUGGACAUAGGACUGCAGGAGAGCCUUGGGGCUGCCCUGGCCCACUACAAGGACACCAAGGUGCCUGGGUAUUGCAAUGCUAAAUGGCAGAUGGAUGAGCUACAGCUCAGGCACCACUGCUGCGGGUGCCACAGCUACAAGGUGAUCAGCAGCUGCUACUUGGACCCUAGUGACCAGGAUGUGGCUGACUGCAUCCAGAGCAAUGUGAAAGGCCUCUACCUGACUGAUGGUGUCCCCUUUUCUUGCUGCAACCCCCACUCGCCUCGGCCCUGCCUGCAGAGCUGCCUAUCCGACCCCUAUGCCCACCCAUUCUUUGAUCCCUGGCAGCCCAACCUAAACCUCUGGGCCCAGGGGUGCCGUGAGGUGCUGCUAGACCCUCUGCAGGGGCUGGCAGGCACCCUGGGCAGCAUGCUGGCCAUCAACCUCCUGCUGCAGGUGACGGUGCUCCUUGGCCUGAGGUACCUACAGAUGGCACUGGAGGGGCUUGGCAGGGACCUGGAUGGAGAGUGGGAGACCCAGGGCUACCUCCUCCCUGGAGGGCUGAAGACAGCCUGCCUGCAGAGAGGUGCCCACAGGCCAGCGCCUGCUGAGGUGCCCCCAGAAGAGGCCCCUGCCAAAGAGGACUUGCCCGAGGCCUAG